UCAACUCUCGGAGCGAGCUUCUCUCACGAUUCAAGAUGGGCGAACGGACAGCUUCGAGCUCGUUGCCGCUACCUCCACAAUUCGUGAACCUGUAUACAGAUGAAAACAUUCUCCAAGGGAAGGCACCUUCCCCGCCGAGACCGAUUACGGACGCUUAUAAAAUGUUCGGCGCUCCCUUCCAUCCCGACGAUCCGAUCAUCCGGCCCCUGGAAUCCCAGGGGAUCAAGCGGCUCCAUCCCCAGAGCUAUGACCCUAAGCGAGAGCUCAAGAAGCUCAAUCAUUCAAUUUUGGUCAAUUUUCUCGAUAUGCUCGACAUUCUCGUCCGAUGUCCUGACACGAUCAAACUGACAGAGAAGAAAGACGAUCUCAACUUGCUAUUUGUGCACAUGCAUCACCUGAUAAAUGAGUUCCGACCCCACCAGGCUCGCGAAACUUUACGGGUGAUGUUAGAUGUGCAGAAAAAGCAGCGUCUGGAGACGGCAGAGCGAUUCCAGAAACAGUUGGAGAGAGUCAGCGAGGUCCUCAAGGCUACGACGGCCUCGUUGCCGGACGAAAAUCAACUCGAUAUCGACGAACUGCUCCAAAGGACUUCGCGCUUGAUCAAGACCGUCCGGGAGGCGAAAGAUAAGCUAUCGAAGAAAGACGACCAAAGCGCAUCGGCGUGUACGCUGGGUGACCGAGUUAUCUGCGAAUAUGUCGACUCGAAUUCCACAUGAUCACUCGUUUCUUGAGGCCGGUUUUGUGGAAUGCGCUCACAAUUGUAAAUACUUUGUUUAUUAAAUACGAACGCACGUUGCCU